AGACAUUAAGAAUCGAGUGUUUCAAGUGUCUGAAAAAUGGAGGUCAAGCGAGUGAAGAGAGAUGUUAAAACUUUGCUUGAUGAAUAUAUUGGACAGCGACUCAGAGAAACUGGUUUUGAUCCAAAGGGAAAAAGCUCUUCUACAAUGUUAGAUGAUUUGGCCCAUUAUGACUUGGCUAUAAGUGUAGCUUUGUGGUGGCUCAAUAAAGAUAAUGGGAAGAAUGCAGCUGAAAAUGACUACAUAGGAAUUGGCAGUUUAAAACAUAUUAGCCAGUACCCUAAUCACCUGGAAAGAGAAGCAAUGAUCCUUUCUUCCUUUGCUGGAAUGCUUCUGAACAGCUUACCUAUAGAAGAUAUUCUGUCUCUGUACAAUUGCAAACCAGUGUCAUCUUACCCUCAUAAUAAUACUAAGGGCAAUAUUGUUCACCCAUUCUCCCUCUCUUAUCAUCCAUUUGCUAUGCUCAGUUCAUUCAAAGCAGUAGACCACUCAAGAAAACACACCCGGGUACUGAAACGCUGGAUCAAGGAACACCGUAAACAGGAGGUCUCUCCAUUAACCUCCUACGACCUGGCGUCCACAUAUGUGGACAUCACAUUUUUAGUUGUGUGCACCAUAAAACUUAAUUCUGUGUAA